UAAUGAAUUAAUCAACAGGAUUAGAUGAGCAGACCUUAAAAGAAAAUUUAUCAAGAUUAAGUAAUCUGAUGACUACAUAAAAAAAGAGUAAGAUGGAUUAAAAACCAGACUUGCAAAAUUAGAUGAUUAAAAAGACAAUAUUUAUGAAUUUGAAAUUUUUUGUAAAACCUUAAGUGCAAAAAGUACAAGUAUCAAAAAACACAAAAGUUCCUGAAACAACAUCCACUCAAAGUUAGACUCCAAAAACUAUCACAAAAUAAUAAAUGUAUAGACCAUAAUCUAUGGCUCUUUUUAAGUAGAUUUCUGAAUUCAGAGAACUAAAAUAAUAAGAGAGUUCUAUUAAAUAAGAGUUAUCUCAUUAUAAAGAUUGGGUAGGCUUAUCAGUAGUUCAUCGAAAUGAAAUAUUUCAAAAAAAGAAGCAAUUGAAAAUAAAAAGGCUUCAAUAAGAAAAAGAAUAAUAGAUAAUUAGUGCUUGUACAUUUACACCUAAACUUUCUCAAUAAAUUAAGUAUUCAAGUCCAUAAUCUUAAAUUAUAAGUAAAUCAUAUCUUGAUUUGCAUAAAUUAAAACAGAAUUAUAAUGAUAAAUUAUAUUGA